CAGCAGAAGUCUGCUAGAAAUUUCACUGAGGUACCGGAGGUUUUGCAUCGAGUAGUCUAUUUAGAGUGUGGAUUCCAAGAAUCAAUAAUGGAAACCGAAAGCCACUCGACGUUUUUACUGGAAUUUCACACUUCAAAAGACAAGUUUUCUAGUCCUGAUGAAUUGAUCUCGCCAAUUAAGGAAUUAUUGGAAAAGAAUAUCGGAGAAGUCAAAGAAGUUUAUAGAAGAUGUAACGACGAAUCAGUGAAUAUCAUCCUGGAUUGUGACAUGAAAUCCAUUGCCACCCUACAGCUCAAAAGCUCUGGUCUUAUAUUGAUGAAUAUUGAUGUUGAUGGGCAACAUUCUUCUGCAUUUAAUCAAGAAUUGGCAAAAAAGUUCGAAACUGAUGUGAAGGGAAAACUAGCAGCCAUAGCUAGCAAAAGCAUCUGUCCAAUCAGAAGAGGAGGGCCAUUGGAUAGAUUUCGCUAUCUUACCAGUUCAGAUGAACGCUUGCUAGAAUAUGACGUUGACCAUGUUGUUGCGGAUGUCCACUCACCUUUCCAGCACAUUCAAAUUCUUCAUACCAUCAACUUUGGCAAUCUCUUAGUUCUUGAUGACCUCCAGAAUUUAGCCGAAAGUGAUCUAGUCUACACUGAAACCCUGAUCCAAAGGGGAAAAAUUGACUAUACUGGAAAAGACAUCCUAAUCUUGGGUGCCGGAGAUGGAGCACUACUAUGGGAAUUGCUUAAGGAAGGUCCAAAUAUGGUCACCAUGGUUGAGAUUGAUGAAACUGUGAUGAAACUUUGUAGUCAACACUUGCGAUCGGCAUGCGGAUCAGCUCUUGAUUCCACUACUGGGCCUCAUCACCAAAUCAUUGUUGGCGAUUGUCUAGCAGAACUGGACAAGCUGAAAAGCCAAAGCGUUCUCUUCGAUUUUGUCUUUUCCGACUUAACAGACAUCCCUUUAUCGAUUAAACCCCAAAAUAAGGAAUGGCAAUUUCUACUGGACGUGAUGGAAAAAUCUCUUAGUGUCUUAAAGCCUGAUGGGCAAUUUUUAACACACGGAAGCGGCGUGUCUUCGGUUCAGUCGCUCGCCAACUUUGAAUUGCAUUUAAAGAACUUGAAACCUCCAGUCGAGUUCAAACGUUGCCAAGCGUUUGUCCCCUCAUUUAUGGAGGAUUGGGUGUUCUAUCAAGUCAGUAAGACGCCGAACAACAAGUAAAAAUAGCAUUAGACAUUUUGAACGUAUUACAAUUGAAGUGUAAUACUAUGGUUGCUGGACUUCAUUGCGCCGCUCCAUUGCCAUUUGAUGUAAAACGGGCGCCGCUACCGUUGUGACAUGCAACAAAUUAGUCAUAUUAAUGGGUUUACAUCCCCGCGUGAUCUUGAAUUGAUUCCUUGCAACCCUUAUUGCUGUGUUCAGAAAUGCACACUUGAUUAUGCUUCCUUUGUGAACCAGUUUUAUGCUCUCCUCAGUCUAUUAUUAUGAUUGCAGUUGAUUGUUUCCGUUAGUUAUGUGAUAUUUUGGCGUUAGCUCAAUAUAAUUAUUUGAAUUCCUUA